AUGAAGUCCCUCCUCCUCCUCAGCGCCCUCUCCGCCCUCGCCCUCGCGAAAACCGACCUCGAAGGCUGCACCUCCAGCGAAACCGUCGUCUUCGGCGGCGCCUCGCUCGUCUACUGGGACCCGACCAACGGCGAAAUCUGCUCCUUCCUCGACUGCGGCGGCGGCCGCGCGCCGCCCAAGACCACCGUGCCCGGCUGCCCCCAGUACGCCGGCAGCGCGACCUACACACCCGACUUCUUGCCUGGCUGGGGAUCUGCGACCGCGACAGCGACAGCGGAGGCUACGAGCGCGCAGAGUACGCAGGCGGAUGUUGCGUCUGCGGCGAGCAGCGCGGAGGCGGCGGCGAGCAGUGGUGUGACGAGCGCGGCGACGCUGCCGAGUGCGUCGAGUGCUGUGGCGGUUGGAACGGGCGGGUUGAGCACGGCGGUUAGCUCGGGCGUUGGCGGGAAUAAUGUUACGGGUACGGCGACGCUGUCGAGUCCGACGGGGAGUGCGAGUGCGCCGGCGGAGACUGGUGCUGCGGCUAUCAGGGGAGUAGCGCAGGGCGUGGUGGGUGUGGUAGUGGGUGUGCUCGGGGUGGCAUUGUUGUAGAACAGUCGAACCGAGGAGGCGAGAGGCAGAAGCAAGAAACGCUCAGCGGAGGAAGCUAUAACUAAAAAUUUACCAAUGCAAUCACACAUAUGGACAGAGAGCCAGACUCAACUCUUGUCAUCACUACAUCUGUGCUGCAUGCCUUCGGUUGUCCGAUUGCAGGAA